AUGUUCAAGCGACAACAGCUUGUCCUCUGCGACACUCUCAUCCCGAGGCCGGGGCUCUUCCGCCAGCAUAACUCCCUAUCGACCACGCUGGAGUCGCAGACGGAGGCUCUGCGUGCCAUUCAUCCGCCUUCAUCACUCCGCUCCCACCAUAUCCUGUUGUUUAUUUGCAUGCUCUCCCAUGCACUCACUCUCUGUCUGUGUAGCGGCCUAAGGAAGGCUCUAUCUGAUGAGGCGGAAAAUUAUCAUGAGCUGGCCACGUCAUGGCAGCAUCGCGCCCUCAAGGCCGUGUUUGGCAUCAUCGGGCUCUCGAAGUCCAUUGCAUCACUGAGCUAUUCAAGCUACAGACACCAGGGGCGCAUUUUCGGUCCUCCAUCCAUGUUUCUCUAA